UUUUUUUUAUUUUCAUCAUAACAAUAUGGAAGGUGAUGAUGGAAAACAACCAACCCACAAAGAACCAUGCAAUAAUAAUAGUAGUAACAAUAAUGAAUUAUUUGAGCAAGAGAACUUUGAUUAUAUUCUUGCAAUUAGCUUGCAAGAACAAGAGGGAGCAACAUACACAACCCUAGCAACUAUGGAAAGUGACGACGACGAAGAAGACGACGACGAAGAUGAUUAUUCCUCUUUGGGCGAUGAAGAUGGCGAUUCUGAGUAUUAUUUAGAAAGCCAAGACUUUGAGGAGUCAGAAACUCAGUUCCUUGAAGGUGAAGGAAGCAACUACGACGAUGAUGACGAGGGAGAAGAAGAAGAGAUGGAAGAAGAUGAAAUUGAUCCAGAUGAAAUGUCCUAUGAAGAGUUGAUUGAGUUGGGAGAAAUCAUAGGAGAAGAGAAUAGAGGAUUAUCAGAAAAUGAAGUGUCUUCUUGCUUAUACCCUUACACUUGCAAAUCUAAUAGUGAUGAUGAAAGAAUCGAUCGGUGUGUAGUUUGUCAGAUAGAAUAUGAAGAAGGUGAAUCAAUGGUGGCACUGGAAUGUAAGCACCCUUUUCAUGAAGAUUGCAUAACCACAUGGCUUCAGAUUAAGAAGGUUUGUCCAAUUUGUGGCAAUGAAGUUUCAACCAAUAAUAAUAAUACCAACAAGAUCAUGCCUAAGAAUGAAUAACCUUUGAUUAUUCUUGUUAUUGUAUAUAUAGUUUAGAUUAGAUUAUUGUUAAGUUAUUGAUGUGUCUGUACAUAUUAUAUUACUGGCUAGUGUAUGUAAAUAUAUAUGUAUGUAAUCCGCAUUUGAAUA